CUCUGAUUGGGCAGUUUUGGAGAGGGCGGUGCCUGUAGCCUAGGCCGGGCACCGCGUUUCCCUACCGAGACAUGGCGGUCCUCGGGGUGCAGCUGGUGGUGACGCUGUUCACGGCCACCCUCAUGCACAGACUGGCUCCGCACUGCUCCUUCGCUCGCUGGCUGCUCUGCAACGGCAGUCUUUUCCGCUACAAGCACCCAUCCGAGGAGGAGCUUCGGGCGCUGGCGGGGAAGCAGAGUCCCCGAGGCCGGCGGGAGCGGUGGGCCAACGGCCUCGGUGAGGAGAAGCCACUGCUGGUACCCCGGGCUGCGCCAUUCCAGCUGGAGACCUGUCCCCUCACCCCUGUGGAUGCCCUAGUCCUGCGCUUCUUCCUGGAGUACCAGUGGUUCGUGGACUUCGCAGCGUACGCGGCUGGCGUGUACCUCUUCACUGAGGCCUACUUCUACCUGCUGGGCCCGCGGGAGGCCAACAUUGCUGUGUUCUGGUGCCUGCUCACCGUAGCCUUCUCCAUCAAGACGUUCGUGACGGUGACCCGACCGCACUUCAGCCUGCAGGGUGGCGAGCGUGCCGUGUGCCUUACCUUCGCCUUCGUCGUCCUCCUUCUGGCCAUGCUUGUGCAGGCGGUGGGCGAGGACGCACUGGAGCUGGGCCUAGAGCCAGGCCUGGCCAGCAUGACUGAGAACCUGGAGCCGCUCCUGAAGCCCCAGGGCUGGGGCUGGGCGCUCCCCGUAGCCACACUGGCCAUCCGCGUGGGGCUGGCAAUGGUGGGCUCCGCGCUGGGCGCCUUCCUCACCUUCCCCGGCUUGAGGCUGGCCCAGACCCCCCGCGCCCCCCCCCCAGCCCCAAGCUGGAAGAGGCAGGAAGGGCCCUUCUGGGGCAUGUGGAGGGGCAGGGAUCUGUGACCUCCCCGAUCUCCAAU